AUGCCGCUUCUGCCAUCCUACCUGGACGUGCUUGCCUUCGACACGGUUUUCAGGGAGUUGGCCCUGGGUCCGAGGGACGUUUCGCUCACGAAGCUCAUCCCCGCCUUGAUGCAACGAGGCGUCCCGCCUGAUGUGGCCAGCGCCGUCCACGAGUACCUCAAAGUCCACGGCCCCAGAGUGCUCGAUGGCGGAAUCGAGCCGGCGGCGGCCCAGCUGAUCGCAGAUUGGCACACUGCCACAUGGUCGCACGUGCGAUCCAACGACGGACGCGACGUCACGCCAGUCACUGACGACACGCCGGUUGCCUCGUCGACCAUCGCAGCGCGCCAGGGCGAGAAGCUCGGCGCCAUCAUCUUCAAUGUCAUCUACGACAUCCUGCUGGCCGAGGUGCGCGAGAGGCUCAAGGAGCUUGGCGUCUCGUCCCGCAUGGCCGUCCCCACGGAUGCCGUGCCCUGGCACACCAACGUCAACCCAGAAAGCGACCUGGAGGAGAUCACCGUUGACCAGUCCACGUACGUCGACGAUUUAGCGGAGCUCUUCGAGGCGGACACGCCGGCACAGCUCAUCGACAGCCUCACGCAGGCCGUCAACGUGUUAUACGAGGUGUUAUCUCGCUACGGCCUCAAGAUCAACUUCGGCCCAGAGAAGACGGCCAUCAUGCUGCGCCUCUUCGGAGUGGGCGCCCGCGCGGCAUACAAUCAGCUUCAAGAUGAAGCAGGCGACCUAGGGCUGGACACCAACGCCGGGCGCUGCGGCAUCGUGUACCAUUACAAGCACGUUGGGACGACCCUUCAGACCUCUGGGCGAUCGAUGCCCGACGCCCAGGCGAAGGCCACCAAGAUGCAGAAGACCUACGGCCCUAUGGCCCACACCGUCUUCGGCUCCUGCCACCUCUCGAAGGCGACCCGCGCUUCCCUGGCGUGCUCGCUUCUGGACUCCCAGCUCCUCUUUGGCGCAGAGCUGUGGUUGCAGGACGACCCGGUGGCCAAACGCCGCACGCAGGCGGCCUACAUGCGACCGCGGCGGCAGGUCUUGGGACACCCUCGAUUCGGCCACACCGACGUCAGCGAUGACCAGGCGUGCACGCAGCUCGGGCACUCCGCCCUGGACAUG